AUGAUCACCUUUGGCUGGGAACUAGAGCUGAUUGUGCACUUACAGGAAGGAGAGCCUGCUGGUCUCGAAUUACAGGCCAAAAAAUUACGUGAGCUGGCAUUAAGCCUUAAAUAUCAAGCGCCAGAUCUGCCCGUGGCCGCUCAAUGCUCCCAUAACCAACUUUCAACUUGUUGCAUCUGUGAGGAUGCUCCUCCCGAAUUUCGCAGCUUCUGUUUGAGAGUCUUCACACCAGCUGAGCCUAUGUUUGAGCCCGGAGGAAACUCAGAAAACCUGUAUUUUCACGUCAAAAAAGAAUCACUUUGCGUCCCAGAGGAUCAACACGGUAACAGGCUGGCUCAUGGUUUUGAGAUUACUUCACCUAUUUUAGACAAUGAGGAGCUCAAAUCUGGGCUCCCACAGACUGAAAAAAUUGUCUCAGCUAUUCGAAAUAGCCACUUGAGUAUUUCGGCGCACGUAAGGUGUGGUCUUCACAUCCAUGUGGGUGUAAAGAACGGCAUGACAUUGAAUGUCGCCAAGAAAGCAGCUACAUUGGUCAUGAUGCUUGAGCAACCUCUUUUUACAACAUUUUCAUCCGUUAGCCGUUCUGAGAUUCCUGCCUGGUUCAGCCACAUUGGUAAGAAAUGCUACUUUGCAACCAAGGCUAGUAGAGAAUGCUGCUCCAUAACGAGAGAAAACACGAGCCGACAGUUACUCGAACAUUUGCCUAUUCUUCCUUCGCAACUGCAACCGGCUGAGUGGAACGACAGCAAUCCCAACAAGUGGUAUCUUGCCCUGAAUUAUAUCUGGCUAACAGACAAUAUGUGGAGGCUCUCAACUGGACUACUAACAGAUGGAGGCGCAAAGGCCAGCUUGGCUUUGUGUACUCGCACAAAGCGUGGAAAACCAGCAUACGAGAAUGAUGUUUCUAAUCGCAAUGGCACGGGCGGACUUAAUGGAUCGCCAUCGACGAUAGAGUUUAGGUACCCGCCAACAAGCUUCGAUAUCGAAUUCAUCAAGUGCUGGGCCGAGAUCUCAUGCAAAGUUGUAGAGAUUGCUACGCGCGACACUUCGGCUUUUAGUAAAGUGGCUGCAGAUUUGCUCCAGGAGUUGCAAAGGGAUGAGAAAGAGUCUGCUUUACCUAUGUGGGCACGAAUUCUCAAUGUUCUCGACUUGGGCCAUCAGAUUGACUUUUGGAAGCAGCAGUUGGAGCGGUUUGAAGCUGGCGAGAUCAUCCGGUUCCUUGAUUCAGACGGUUUUGUGUUGCCGGACUAUUAG